GAGAGGGAGAGAGAGAAAGGCGCGUAAGUAUGACAAAGGCUCAAUGAGUGUGGUGUAUCAUGUGUACCCAUUCUCCACUUUGUGCACUAUUAUAGCAAUCUGUCCAGGACUGCAGUGGGAGUUUGCCGAGGAGUUUGACGAAAUUGGCGUGAAUCACCCUGCCUCCGCACUGAGACCGGCCAUUGAUUGCUGCGAUCCAGUUUUCACCACACCAACGGCGCGGAAUGAACACCCCCAACAGUGGGGAUCUCAUUUCGUUCUCUUGGAACUGGGAUCCACUCUGUCAACAUCCUUUCUCCUUCUUGCCAUGUGUUUUUCGUUUGGCCCUCUCUGUCCCCGUCGUCCCAAAUGAAUAAGAGCCAUGUGACCUGACGGGAAAUCAGGAAGUGGCAAAGAUGGUGAUAUGACUGAUCCGGAUCAUUCAGGGAACC